AUGCCUAUCGCAAUUUUCGCAGACGUUGCCGUCCUUGGCAUCCUCGGCGGUGCCGCCGGUGGCACUAUUGGGAGCUGGUGCAGCGCCCACCCCAAGAACAAGGGUUGCGUUGGCAAGAAACGCGAUAUCCUCGGUACCGAAGCCGUUCCCAAAAUGCGCAUCGAGCGUCAAGAUGUUGGUCCUUGCAACGUGGCCCAGUUCAACUUUGACCGCUGCCAUGAACAGCUAGCCACUGUCACAGUGACCAGCUCACUUCCUGCUGCCGGAGAAGUCAAGUUUGACGGUGUUCCACCAGCUUGCAUGGACCUCGCUGGUGUUUUGACGGGAUCCUGCCCAGGUGGGAACGGCCCUAUGAUCACUGUUUGUGGUUCGGACUGCCUUCACUACACCGGCUUGACUGAUGAUCAGCUCGGAGCACUUUCCAAGGCACUCUCCACUUCAUAA